GCACUACCCUCUUCCUUGCUCAUCAGCAGCUCACAAAAACCCCCCCUCCUCUGCCUGCAGUGCCAGCCACCCUACCCUCACUGCCACAGGAUGGCAUCCUGCUCCUCCUCCUCCUCUCCACCUCCGCCCAUCCCUCUCCUCUUCCUCCUCCUCGUCUCCCUCCUCGCCGCCACCUUCCUCGCGCCGCAAGCUCUCGCCCAGCAGCAACCGCAGGUACACGAGGAGGGCGGCGGCGGCAACGCGACGGCGGCGUGGGCGCCGAGGCUGAGGAAGACGUUCCUGGACGGCGGCGCGGGGAUGCUGCCGCGGCGGCGGCGGCUGGUGGGGAGGUUCCAGAUAUGCGCGGUGUGCAGCUGCUGCGGGGGCCCCCACGGGGUGUGCAUCCCGGCGCCCUGCUGCUACGCCAUCAACUGCAACAUCCCCAACCGCCCCUUCGGCGUCUGCUCCUUCACCCCGAGAACCUGCAACUGCCUCAACUGCCACCUCUAGCAACCCAACCCCAAACCCCAACACCCCAACAAGAGUAAUGCUGCUUAAUGCUUCUUCCUUUUUCUUUUUUCCUUUUCUUUUUUGGUGAUCAAGAAAUGCUGAGAGAUUUGUGGAACACUGGAAUCAUAUAGUAUAGUAGCUGUAGUGAGUUCUACGUACAUUGGAGGAUCACAUUGGUAGCUACAAGUAGCUUGGUGAUGGAUGGAUGGAUCGAUGAAUGUCUUGAUGUUAAAUCAUGGAUGGAUGUUUUUCUUUUAUGGUUAGCUUUUUUUUUUGGGGGGGUCACUGGUUAAUGUGGUGCUAUUGAAUUGUGGAUAUAAUUAAUUAGUAUCUUGGUAUAUUCGAAACAACUGAAUUUGUUUUGUAUUGUGGUGCAUUUUCUUCCUCGUGGUAUAAUUCAUUUUGCCGAAGUAGUAUGGUUGUUCUCAAGAACAUUGGAAUUUGGACGACUUUGUGGAUUUGAGCUCAGUAACA